AUGGCGGCGGCCGUCGUCGGGGGCAUGAUCGGCUCGGCCAUCAUCAAGCUGGUGAUCAAGCAGAUCGGCUCCGCCAUUGUGGGCAAGAUCAGGCUGCACAAGAACCUGACCAAAGACCUGGAGAAGAUGAAGAUGACGCUGGAGUCGGUAGAGGCCGUGCUUUGCGACGCAGAGAGGCGGUCCAUCACGGAUGAAGCAGCUCUUCUGUGGGUGAACCGGCUCAAGACCGUCAUGUACGACAUCUCCGACAUGCUUGAUGACUUCGAAUCUGACAACCAACACCUGUUUGAAGCUAUGAAGAAGAAGAUUAAUAUGCCAGACAAGAUGAAAAAGAUGCAAAAGCGUCUACAGGAUAUAACAAAAGACCUUCACAAUUAUAGUGUUCCGUCAGAAAUUCGCAACAACGAACAGCAACUUCCUGAUAUCCGGGAAAAUGCAGGGACCGUGGAGGAAGCAGAAAUGAUCGGGCGGAUCGACGAAAAACUAGAAAUCUUGGGUCGAUUAUCUGGAAGCACCGCUGAACGGACCACGUUCGUUCCCAUAUGGGGCUUUGGAGGAAUUGGAAAGACCAGCUUGGCAAGAUCAGUAUAUAAUGAUCGCAAGUUUGAAAUACACUCUCGGGUAUGGGUUUAUGUUUCCCAGAUAUUUGACUUGAAAAAAAUUGGCAGAACUAUAAUAUCACAACUAUUAGAACCAGAACAACAGAGAGAGGUGCCACAUGAUUUGCAUACUAUUAACAUUCGCCUGCAAAAGCUACUUGUUGAGAAGAAGAAUAUUCUGGUCAUUUUGGAUGACCUGUGGGAGAAGCAUCCUUCUCAACUAGAAAAGUUAAAGGCUAUGCUGAUGCAGGGUGAGGGGUGCAAGGUGCUGGUUGUAAUUACCACACGCGAUGAAGGCAUUGCAAAUGAAAUCAGUACUGUUCAACCAUACAACUUACCUCAAUUAUCAGAUGAGAUGUGCUGGGGAAUAAUGAGGCAAAAAUGUAAUUUUGAAACAAGGCAUGACAAAGAGCGACUGGAGCCGAUUGGAAGGGAAAUUGCAAAGAAGUGCAAAGGUGUAGCUUUAGCUGCUCAAUCACUUGGACACAUGUUGAAGUCCAAGCCCUAUAGAGAAUGGGAUUGGGUCAGAACCAAUCAUGUUUGGAAACUUUCUACUUCUAUAGAUGCAUCAUCCAGAAAUGAAGUGCUUGGAUCCUUGCUGUUAAGCUACAACUUCAUGCCUCCAUACUUGAAGUUAUGCUUUUCUUAUUGUGCAAUCUUUCCAAAGGGUUUCAAAAUGGUUAAAAAUCAUCUAAUUUAUCAAUGGAUUGCUCUUGGAUUCAUGGAGCCCUCUAGUACAUUCUCUAAUUGGCAACUCGGUGAGAGUUACCUUAUGCAGCUUCAGGAGAUGUCAUUUCUUCAACUUGCAAAGGAUGAUGCUGAAGCACGGUACCAAAGAAAUGAUGUUACCACACGGUACACUAUGCAUGACCUGGUGCAUGACCUCGCAAAAUCGGUCAUGGCUGACGAAUUUAACUUAGCGGGAGCCAACUGCCGAUACGCACUGCUCACAGAUUCUACGAAGCCAUUAAAGUCAUUCGCGAUUUCACAUAAAAAGCUAAGAGCACUGCAUAUUGUGGACCAUGAUUCAGGGCCAGAUCAGUUCCAUCAUGAUGCAUAUUCACCAGCCAAGCACGCCCGUGUUUUACUUGUAAGCACAUUUGGUUUGAAUGAGUUGCCAGAUUGUAUUGGUCAAUUCAAGCAGUUGAGGUUUCUUGCUGCUGUAAAUAUCCAGGACGGAACAAAUCUCAGGUGUAUCAGUAUGCUCCGACAAUUGAAGUUUCUUGACCUUAGUUUUAGUAAAGGAUUAUCAGGAUUGCUAGAGUCAAUUGGUGAAAUUGAAGGCCUGAUGUAUCUUGGCUUAUCAGGUUGUUCGGAUUUGAAAGAACUCCCACAUUCGUUUGCGAAGCUCAGAGAGUUGAUAUAUCUGAACUUAACAUUCAAUCGUUAUAUUGUAGGAAUACCUGAGGCUUUGACUGACCUUACCAAACUCCAGUAUUUGGGACUAUCAGACUGUCAAAAUCUCAGAGGGCUGCAAGAAGUCAUCCGCAAUCUCACCGAACUCCGAUAUCUGAAUCUGUCACGAUGCAUGCAGCAUAUCUUCGACAGGUCAUCAACAGAUCAAGCCGAGAGUUUCAUUGACUGUAUCUGUACCCUUCCCAAUAUGGAGCACCUGGACCUGUCUUAUAAUGACCACCCUCUUGUUAGUAUACCAGAAAGUGCUAGUUGCCUCAGGAAGCUUGUCCUUGACGGGUGCUGCCAAGUUGCCAGGCUUCCAGAAUGUUUGGCUAAAAUGGACCGUCCCAGCCUUUUUGGCUUGUCGUUCCCAACAUUUUCUGUAAGUGCGGAUACCAAGUGUAACACCAACCUUGGCGUGCUUGAGCAUAUAAAUCCCGACAAGCUAGAAAUAGAUAGACUUGAAAAUGUGAAGUCCCUAGAAGAGGCACGCGGUAUAAAACUGAGUGAGAAACAGAGAAUUGGAGAAUUGACAUUAAAGUGGAACCCACAAGCUACGAGAUCUGUGGAUGACCUUGAGUUGCUGAGGGAGCUAGUGGCACCAACCACUUUGCAAGGGUUUACGAUAUAUGGAUAUAUUAGUGUCAGCUUUCCAGACUGGCUGAUGAGUAUGAGUAUUGGGGAUUAUCUCCCUAAUGUUGUCCGAAUAGAGAUGAAUUGUUUGCCCAACUGCAGAAGUCUUCCACCCCUCGCCCAAUUACCAAACCUCCGAGUCCUUACCCUCGAAUACAUGGAAAGCCUGGAAGAAUGGAUCACAGCAGACUCUAGUGGUGAUGCUAGAAUCAAUGAGCUGAUGUUCCGUAAGCUUGAGGAAGUGAAUAUACAUCAUUGCCCCAAGUUGAGGAUAGAGCCACACCUUCCUAGAGCUACAUCUUGGAGUAUAAUGGAAAGUGAUGAGGUGCUCAUAUCAUGGGCAGAGAACGUGUCGCACAGUGGUGCUUCCUCAUCUUCUUCUCCAGUAGGAGCAUCUACUAAUCUGACAGUUCACAGCUGGGUUGUGCCUCUGCAUCAGUGGAGAUUGCUUCACCACCUACCUGCCAUCAGUGUUUUGCAGAUCCAAUGUUGCGUUGAGUCGACAAUCUCACCAGAGAUCACCUGGGCCCUCAAGUCCCUCAAGUCAUUGACAUUGAAGAUCUCGUACAAAUCAAAACUGUCAGAAUGGAUAGGCGAGUUGACAUAUCUUCAGCAACUGAGGAUACAAACUUAUCAGAAGCUAGAGGAAUUGCCCGAUAACAUGAGGCAACUCAAACAGCUGCAUUCUUUAACACUGUAUUUCUGUGGUAGCUUGAGACAGCUGCCACCGUGGUUAGGAGAACUUACCUCUCUCAAGAAACUUGUACUUUUUGAAUGCAAAGCUAUGACGACUUUGCCAAAUAGCAUACAACAGCUCACAAAUCUCCAAGAAUUAGAUAUUCGCUACUGCCCUAACUUGAAGCAGUGGUGUGAAGCAGAGGAGAACAAGAUGAAGCUUGCUCACAUAAAUGAAAAGAAUAUCCAAUUUGAUAGCCCUUCUCCCCCGAGGAUGGCAGCCAUUCCAGCCAGACGCCAUUCUAUCUCAUUCCGGUGGCCCUUGCUCAGAACGAAGAUAAGAAAUCGGAGGCACGGAUGA